UGACAACCCUAACGCAGAGGACGUAAGUCUGAUUGAUGUUGUUUGGUGUUUAUGAUUCUGGUGGUGGUUUGCUUUAUGAAGGUCUGUUGGAUUUGGCCACAUACUACCGUGAGAGUCGUCUGAAAAGACUGUGUCAGGAGACCAUCAAGAGAGGAAUCACAGAGGAGAAUGCUAUAACACUGCUGUCAGCGGCGGUCAAGUAUGAAGCACGGGAUCUAGAGGAGUUCUGCUUCAAGUUCUGCGUCAACCACCUGACAUCUGUCACACAGACGCAGGCCUUCGCUGAUAUGGACCACGACCUGCUGAAGAACUUCAUCAGCAAAGCCAGCCGCUACGGGGCCUUCAAAAACUGACAGAUCCAGCGUAGACAGAGAAAGAGAGAGAGAGAGGUAUUCUGUUCUGGAUUAUUAAUCUCAAAUACCUCGGAUUUGGAGAGACAAAAGCCAAAUUCUUGAGGUUUUGAGAGUGGAGAAGUGGACUGCACUGGUUGUCUUCGGGGUCCCAGUGCCUUUACAUUAGAUCCCCAUCUGAAGCACUAUGAAAGACUAGGUUGAAAGGGACCAGGAAUGUUUAAAAGAUUCAUUGUAUAAAAAAAUAACUCAACUUCGAGUCAACAAUAUUGGCUCAACAUUGACUCAACAACAAAAUUGUAAGGCAACUUGCUGUACAGUUUUUUUUUUUGUUUGUUUUUUGAGUUGACUCCACUUAAAUCGUGUUCUGCAGCACUUGGGUGAAAAGUUGAGUCAACUAAAAAGCUGCACAACCUUACGAUUUUAAGUUGACUCAACUUAAAUUUGUAAGCAUGCAGAGUUUUUUUUGUUUACUCCACUUAAAUCGUGUCAUCUUCUGUAUUCAGGUUUAAAGUUGAGUCAACUAAAAAAAGCUGCACAACCUUACAAUUUUAAGUUGACUCAACUUAAAUAUGUAAGGCUGCACAGUUUUUUGAGUUGACUUCACUUGAAUCAUGUCCUCUGCAGUACUUAGUUUAAAAGUGGAGUCAACUCAAAACAAAGCUGUGCAACCUUCCGAUUUAAAGUUGACUCGACGUAAAAUUAAGGCUGCACAGUUUUUUGAGUUGACUCCACUUAAAUCGUGUCAUCUGCAGUACUUGGCUUGAAAGUUGAGUCGACUCAAAAAAGCUGCAUAGCCUUACAAUUUUAAGUUGACUCUGCUUAAAAAUGCAAGGCUGCAAAUUUUUUUUUUGAGUUGACUCCACUUAAAUCGUGUCAUCUGCAGUACUUGGGGUAAAAGUUGAGUCGACUCAAAAAAAGGCUGCACAGGCUUACAAUUUUAAGUUGACUCUGCUUAAAAAUGCAAGGCUGCUAAUUUUUUUUUUGAGUUGACUCCACUUAAAUCGUGUCAUCUGCAGUACUUGGGGUAAAAGUUGAGUCGACUCAAAAAAAGGCUGCACAGGCUUACAAUUUUAAGUUGACUCUGCUUAAAAUUGUAAGGCUGCAGAGUUUUUUUGUUUACUCCACUUAAAUCGUGUCAUCUUCUGUAUUCAGGUUAAAAGUUGAGUCAACUAAAAAAAAGCUGCGCAACCUUACGAUUUAAAGCUGACUUUACUUAAAAUAGUAAGGCGGCAGUUUUUUUUGAGUUGACUCCACUUAAUUCGUGUCAUCUGCAGUACUUGGGUUGACUCAAAAAAAGCUGCGCAGCCUUACAAUUUUAAGUUAAGUCAACUUUUUAUAUUUUUCACAGGUUUGUAAUGAUUAAAACCGCUAAACGAAAAAGGAAGGGAUUGAAAAAUGAAAAAGCAAAAGGGAAGAAUUGUUGUG